AUGGCACAGACCUACAUCUAUGACGUGACCGAGGCAACCGGUGGUGACAGUGGUGGUGGUGGUGGUGAUGCUGGCAGCCCGGAGGAGGUGGAAACGGUGGUGCCUAUCAGCGAGCACUAUCUGCUCACCUCGGGCGACGUGGUGCACCAGGCGUCCAAUGGUGUCGUGCUCACCGAUAUCAGCUCGUCGACGUGGACCAGCACGGCCGAGCUGCUCGAUCUCGACCGGAAGUCGUCGGCCGGCGGUGCGACCGUACCGACCGAUGUGCACCAGCACCGCUAUCCCAUCCUUAGUGCCGAUCAUCAACAACAACAACAACACGCCGGUAACCAUCAGGCUACCGAAGCCCGUCCAGCAACCGGCAGCACGGUGGACACGGUGGGCAGUCCGCCGCAGCACGCUGCUGACGACGGUGGUGGUGGUGGUGGCCCCGGACCUCACCUAGCACCUCCGCUACACCCAACCAACGGCCUCAAGGCACCUGAACGGCUCGCAGCACAAACACCGGAGGCACCGGAGGACUGCAAGAACCUGUCGUGGCUGCUGAACUUCAAACUGGACGAUCUGCCGAACCUAUCGCCACGCUCGAACCGUAAACAGAAAGCGAAACUGUCCGCCAACGGGGCGACGGGGGGCCCGGCGGAUGGUACCAACACGGGCACCGGAGCAGGGACCGGGAUCACGACACCCGGGGGUGGUGUCUGUGCCGGCCAGGAUCAGCAGCUGCAGCAGCAGCAGCAGCAGCAUCACGUUGCCGUCGCUAUCGAGGAAGGCGAUCUGAACGUUGGCGAAAACGUAACGAUCGAGAGCAGCGGUGGCAAAUACCCCAAAAAACCACCCUUCACCUACACGGAGCUGAUCGAGUACGCGCUGGUCGUGCACGGCGAUCUAACGGUGGCCGCCAUCUACCAAUGGAUCUCCGAGCACUUCCCCUACUACAAAUCGCACGAUGAUCGCUGGAAGAACUCGGUCCGCCACAACCUCUCGAUCAAUCCGCACUUCCGGAAGGGCCGCAAAUCAUCGCACGGUUCCGGCCACCUGUGGACAAUCUCGAGCCGCAACUCGGAGGAGAACUCGCUGGCGUGGGAGCAUAAGAAGCAGCGCUUCCAGUGGUACUUCCAGAUGGAGGCGGAUGCUCGCGUCCGCAAGUCCGGCACCACCGAAACGAUGGCGGACGAUGAGGUGGCCGCUGCGACGGCCAGCCUCGCCCAGUACGCACAGAAGUCCCCGACCACGCAGUCACCGGUCAGUCAGACGUUAGAGAUAGUAAAUCCAGCAACUUCCGAGCAGCAGCAGCAGCAGCAGCAACAGCAUCGCCUUCAGGCUCACGCGCUGCAGCAGAACCAAGCGCAGCAACACCAGCAGCAGCCACAGCAGCUGGCAUAUCCAACGCAAACGCUGUACGCGGACAUCAUCAGUAACGCGCAGUUCGAGAUAACGGCCACGGCCGAGGAGAUCAAGCACCUGGAUGAGGAGACGCUCAACGGGAUGGGACGGGGUACCGAGAUCCAAAUAGUGCGACCCAUUCAAACCAUUCAGACGUACGAAAUGUUGGACUCAGAGUACAACAUCGCCGAUUACCUGAACCCCGUGCCUAAGGAGGAGAUCGUGCAGGAGUGUGGGCUACGCUCGGUGGCCCUGGAUCCGGCCGAGCUUGGUAUCAACAUACCGUCGACCAACGACCAGGACAACGAUAUGCUGUUCGACGACUUCAGCCUGAACUACUUCGGCAGCAACAUCAUGACCUGA